AUGCGACAGAGAUGUUAACCAUCUCUGUCUUAAGGAAUAUAAUAAGUAAACAUUUACUAACGGACGUACUUGCGCUUCGAGAGUCAAUUAGUCUGCAGGUGAAGACUGAAGUGGCCAGAGCAGCGGCUGAGUGGGGCGUCAAAAUAGAACAAGUUGAAAUAAAAGACAUUGGAUUACCUGUGGAACUGCAAAAAGCUAUGGCAGCUGAAGCCGAAGGAAGGCGAAUUGCGAAAGCAAACAUUAUUGCUUCUGAGGGGGAAGUAAAAACCGCUGAAUACUUACAAGAGGCGUCAAAAAUGAUUAUGCAAAAUCCACAAAUCAUGCUGCUAAGAUAUCUGCAAACUCUUAAUGCAGUCGCAGCGCAGCAAUCGACUUCUAUAUUUUUUCCGUUUCCUCUUCAAAUACCAGACGUGAUUUUCAAUCAGAACCUUCAUUGA